AUGGCACCCUCAGCGCUCGAUAAGGCCGAAAGCGACCGCGAAAGCGUCAGUGAUACCUUAGACUAUGUGGAACUUGAGCUGACUGAUCAUGCAACCACGCCCCUCGGUGAAAGAUCGGUGAUUAAUCAAAUCAACAUCCUAAAAACUGCUCAAAUCGACAUUAUGGAAACACACAAGAAAAUCAUAUCAAUUUCGCCCCCUGACAUGAAACCCCAUCAAGUAGAGUAUAUGAGACUCUUACGUAAAACAGAUCGACUUCUCUCAGCAUUCACUGGAAUACGGAUGAGUUUUCCAAAUAGCUCAACCUCAAUCCCAAUUCCGAUUCCAGGGACACCCGUUCAGCCCUCAUCCGUGGACAUCCGGCUCCCACGCCUUGAGCUCCCAACAUUUGACGGGACACUGAACGAUUGGGUAUCAUUCCGCGAUUUAUUUGUCACUGCUGUUCAUGACAAUAAAUCGCUCAGUAAGUCUCAAAAGUUAACUUACUUAAAGUCGCAAGUCAGGGGUGAAGCAUCACGACAAAUUUCAAGCAUGAUAAUAACUGAUGGCAAUUAUGAUAUUGCGUGGAAUUCUCUUCAUGACAGGUACCAGAAUGACCGGGAGAUUUUAUUCGCAAUUCUCCGCAGAUUCAUGAACCAGCCAGUAGUUCAACAACAAUCAUCAUCAUCCAUUCGCCAACUUGUUGAUGUAUCACAGGAAUGCAUCAGAUCCCUGGACGUCCUAAAACUCCCCACAGAUCAAUGGGACGCCCUACUCUUAUUCAUCAUUUUAUCAAAAAUGGAUUCGACAUCCAAGGAGUUGUGGGAGCAGUCGUUGAAGGACAGCUCCAUCCCUAAACUCAAAUCUCUCUUCGACUUCCUCGAGCAGCGCGCCCGAGCCCUCGCCGCAAGUGGUACGGAAGCCACACCCAGUAAGACCUACAACAAAAAGUCUGGAAAUGGUAACAAUCAAAGCAAUCAUCGACCCCUUGUUCAUCAUACCAAUUCUCCAUCUCAUUCUUCUUCCCCAUGCAAGGCUUGUAAUAAUGAAUCGCAUUAUCUUUACAAGUGUGAAGUCUUCCUGUCCUGGUCACCCCAACAGCGAAUCGACUUCGUCCGGAGGAACGGUCUUUGCUACAAUUGCCUCAAAGACAAUCAUCGCGUCACCGAGUGCAACAACAAGUUUGGAUGCAAGACAUGCAGCUCAAAGCAUCACACCCUCCUCCAUAAACCAGUAGCAAAUCGACCCGUCAACCCCCAACCACAGCAGCAUAACCCCACGGCAGCAUCGGUCCCAGCCCCAGCCCGUGUCAACUUCACAUCGAUUCCCCAGCCAGUUGCAAACGAGUUUGAUACUCUGCUGGCUACCGCAUUGGUUCAAGUAGCUGAUCGCCAUGGUCAGUACCACACAUUUCGAGUACUUGCCGACAACGGAAGUAACACAAAUUACAUCACGGACUCCUGCAUCAAACGGAUCGGAGCUCCAUUGAGACGUUGCCACACCUCCGCCACUGGGUUGGGAGGAGCAUACGUCGCGAACGCCACAGGAAUCACGCAGUUCACUGUGAGUUCACAUCUUGAUUCAACCGUAACUCAUUUCAUCUCCAGGUGUCUCGUCACGAGCAAAAUCACAGAAAAAUUGCCAACUUCGUAUUUCGAUCACACCAAGUGGUCUCAUCUGCAAGGGUUGCAACUAGCCGACCCCCUCUACUACAAACCUUUAGAUGUGGACAUGCUCUUAGGCGCUGAAUUCUUCUUCGCUAUUUUGGAGUGCGGAAAAAUAAGUGGACCACCCAACAGCCCUGUCGCUAUCAAAACCAGCUUCGGUUGGUUGAUUGGUGGUGGUUCAUCCGACAUCCCACUCAUCCAGCCCAGAGUUAAUGCCACACUCGCUCAAUCUUUAUCCUCGACAACAACAACAAUUGGCUGUGAUCCCACUGACGAGAACCUAGACGCCACACUACGCAAGUUUUGGGAAAUGGACAGUGAGCCAUCUCAUCGACUCCCAACCCAAGAAGAAACUACAAUUGAAUCCCACUUCAAAUCUACAUAUACCCGCGACCAUGCAGGUAGAUUUACGGUUCAGCUCCCUUUCAAGUCACCACGACCCAAGCUCGGCUCAUCACUCAACAUUGCAAUGAAGAGACUUCUUUUGCUUGAACGGAGACUUCAUUCAAAUCCAGAUGCACGCAAGCAGUAUGUGGAUUUCAUGAAGGAGUAUGAAUCACUCGGCCAUAUGCAGGAAGUCCACCCCAUGGAUUCCGACCCCAGCCUGGUCUGCUAUGUGCCACACCACUUUGUUUUGAACGAGUCCAGCUCCACAACCAAGUUUCGUGUGGUUUUUGACGCCUCCGCGAAAACCUCAUCCGGUGUCUCUCUGAAUGAAGGAUUAAUGGUUGGUCCAAAUAUUCAGGAUUCACUUGUCGAUAUUCUCUCUCGUUUCAGACUCCAUAAGAUUGCAUUCACGGCUGACAUUAAGAAGAUGUACCGACAAAUAAGAGUGACCCCUGAGGACUCGAAUUUGCAAAGGAUCUUAUGGCGAGACGACCCAUCCAAACCGUUGAAGCAUUACAACCUUCAAACGGUAACCUACGGCACAGCUUCAGCCCCGUAUUUGGCUACCCGUGUGCUGGAGGAAACAGCAGUCGUCAGUCAGCAACAACUCCCUCGAGCCGCGGAAGUCGCAGGCAGGGAUUUUUAUGUAGACGAUUUGAUUUCUGGCGAACCCACCGUCCCAGAAGCAUUCCAAACUCAACAAGAACUACUCAGCCUCACAAAGGAUGCAGAGAUGAGAGAAACAAGUUCCCUCCUCUCAUUCGACCAAGAUUCCAGCAUCAAAACUUUAGGAAUUUGUUGGAACCCGAAGACAGAUCAGUUUCUUUUCCGCAUUAGCCCUCAAGAGCCCACCACUACACCAAUGACCAAGAGAAGCAUCUUGUCCCAAAUCGCUCGUCUCUUCGACCCCGUAGGCUGGUUGGCCCCCAUCAUCAUCAACGCAAAAAUCCUUAUGCAGUCCUUGUGGAAGUUAAAGCAUGGUUGGGAUGAACCACUUCCACUAGAAAUUCAACAUCAAUGGACAACUCUUCGUUCAGAUAUGGAAGGUUUGUCUAAACUCACAAUCAAUCGAUUUUUUAUGCAAGGAACUGACCUAAUCUGUCCCAGUCUUAAUCGCGCUUUUCAUUCUACAACAAAAUUCUGCCUUGCUGGUUUUUGUGAUGCGUCACAAAAAGCCUACGCCGCUGCUGUCUACCUCUGUGUAUACGACGGUCCAUCCAGUUCAUCGUCCCUCAUCACUUCAAAAUCGCGUGUGGCUCCUGUCAAGACGGUGUCACUUCCGCGUUUGGAGCUCUGUGGAGCUGAACUUUUGGCUGAACUCCUGAUGUCAGUCAAAUCUGCCCUCAGAAUUCCCAUCCAUUCCAUCUCUGCCUGGACUGAUUCGACAGUGGCACUAGCAUGGAUCAAUUCCCCACCAUCAAGAUGGAAGACCUUUGUCGCCAAUCGGGUCACCAAGAUCCAGGAGAGGGUCCCUCCCACCAUGUGGAGUCACGUUAGAGGAGAAGAAAAUCCUGCUGAUUGCCCAUCCAGAGGAAUCACAUGCGAUGAGCUUAUCAAUCACGAGCUUUGGUGGCAUGGGCCACCCUGGCUGAGGAAUCAAAUUCCAACCCCCACAACUCAUCAUUCACAAGACUCAUCAGAAGCAAUUGCAGAGGAGAAGCAAGCAACUUCACUCCACACCAUUGUCAAAACUGAUCAAUUGCUACUUGACCGGUAUUCAUCAUUUCCAAAGCUACUUCGAGUAACUGCCUAUGUAUUUCGAUUCAUCAAGAAUCUCAAAGGUCACAAAUACACCCCGUCUCCAUUAUUCACCGGCGGACUCCGUGCCAUUAGUGACACCACGAACCUUAGUCCUCUCAUCGCACCCACUGAAGUUACUUACUCUCCUCUCAGCCCAGAUGAGAUCAAUUGCGCCAAGCUAUAUUGGAUAAGGCUCGUUCAACAACAAGAAUUUCCCAGGGAGAUUCAUGCCCUCCAAGCCGGGCAACCUGUAAACUCUAAAAGCAAAAUUGUUUCGUUCUGUCCUUUCCUAGAUUCUGACGGUGUGCUGAAAGUUGGAGGCCGACUCAAUCAUUCGGAUCUUCCGGCAAGCCAGAAACAUCCAAUUCUCCUCACAUCCCACAAUCCAAUUACUCAUCUUCUCAUCAACCAUGAACACAUUAUCAAUUUCCAUGCGGGUCCCCAGCUUUUAAUGUCCACUCUGCAGCGACAAUACUGGAUCCUGCGACUGAAGGAUGCCGUCCGACGUCAAAUUGGAAAAUGUGUGACCUGCACCAAACUCAGAGCAAAAACCAUGCAACAAUUGAUGGGAAAUUUGCCCUCAUUCCGUGUUAUCCCUGCCAGAGCAUUUCUCAAAACCGGUAUCGACUACGCCGGCCCAUUCCUCCUUCGACCCAUUCAGUCCCGCAGCAAGACAACAAUCAAGGCAUAUUUGGCUGUCUUCGUUUGUUGUACCACUCGAGCCCUACAUCUUGAAGUGGUCAGCAGCCUCUCCACCGACGCUUUCCUUGCUGCACUUCGAAGAUUCAUCUCCCGCAGAGGCCGACCCACGGACCUUUACAGUGACUGCGGCACAAACUUUGUCGGUGCAAAUCACGAGAUGAAGGAUUUUCUCAAACUGGUCAUGUCUCGCCCCCACAACCAAGCCAUAUCCGACCAUUUAUCCAAGGAUGGGAUUGAUUGGCAUUUCAAUCCCCCAGCUUCCCCCCACUUUGGCGGACUCUGGGAAGCCGGAGUCAAAUCCGUAAAGUUCCAUCUCCGUCGCGUCAUGGGAACUCAACGACUUACGUUCGAAGAAAUGACCACGAUCACAUCCCAAAUCGAAUCAAUCUUGAACUCGCGCCCAUUGACCCCAGAAACCAAUAAUCCCGAUGAUUACAACGCUUUGACCCCAGGACACUUCUUGAUUGGAGCCCCACUUAACUCUAUCCCCGAACCCACACUUGAAGAUAUCAAGAUCUCCCGCUUAUCACGCUGGCAACUUCUCCAGCAAAUGGUCCAAUCAUUUUGGAAGAGGUGGUCCAAUGAGUACCUCACUCGUCUUCAGCAACGUCCAAAAUGGAUGUCCAAAUCCCCCAACAUUUCAAUCGGUGCCAUGGUGGUUAUCAAAGAUGAAACACAACCACCGCUGAAAUGGAAACUUGGACGGAUCGAAUCUCUUCAUCCUGGUCCCGACGCCAUCGUCCGUGUAGUAACAGUCCGCACAUCAACAGGCAUAUUCAAACGCCCAAUUGUGAAGCUGUGUCUGCUCCCCAUCGACAACUCCACUCCAACGCCUACCAUCCCGUCAACUCCUACUUAA